AUGCCACCGACUCUAAUCUUCGCACCGGGCGCAUGGUACCCACCCACCAUAUUCAACCCAAUCAUCAAACAGCUCGCCAACUACACAUGCCACACCAUCAACUUUCCCUCCAUCGAGCAAGCCAGCACAGUCGUCGAUCUCCAAUCCGACAUUGACGCGGUGCGAUCAAUCGCGCAGCAAGAAGCAGAUGCCAGUAAUGACAUCAUUAUCGUCGCGCACGACUGGGCCGGACUACCAGUGAGCAGCGCCUUAGAGGGCCUAAGCAAGACCGAGCGCGAAGCAGCCGGACAGAAAGGCGGCGUGGUGAAACUCAUCUUCAUCGCCGCCUUCUUGCCGCGCGUUGGGGAGGGGUUGAUCGACGCGUUUGGUGGGAUGGCGCCACCGUGGUAUGUGCGCGAUGAAGAGAAUGGAACUGUGACGACUAGCGAUCCACUGCUUUUGUUCUUCGGGGAUGUCCCCGAUGGAGCGGAGUGGGUUAAGCUUCUCAAGCCUCAUUCUUGGGCUACGCAGAAUGCGCCUGCUACUGGGGCGGCGUAUAUGAGUAUCAAUUCUAGUUAUCUUUUGACGGAGGGGGAUUGCGCGAUUCCUUUCCCUGUUCAGCGGGUGCUGGUGGAGCGGGCAAGACGGAAUGGGGCGCAGAUUGAAACUGAGAAUAUCAACACUGGACAUACGCCGUGGUUGGUUGUGCCGGACCAGGUAGUGGCUUAUAUUAGGAAGCAUGCUGGGGAAUCAGAAUCAUCAUAG